AUGGUCGUCUACGCUUCGACUGCCCAAGUCAAGCUUCCCGCCCCGACCGUCACCCGCCACGAAUGCGGAAUACAUGACCUAUACAAUUGGCAGCGAAGCCCCGCUCGCUUCGAAGCCCUGAAGAAGUUCAAAGAUGGAUUUCUUGGACCUGCUGUGAGUAGUGCAGCUCCCGCGACAUUCACACUCCACGAUGGCCCGCCAUAUGCCAACGGCCCACUGCACAUCGGCCACGCGCUGAACAAGAUCACAAAAGACAUAAUAUGCCGCUACGAAGUCACCCAAGGCAAGCAACCCUGCAAGCUGCAAAAGAAAGACGCCGCGCAAACCAGCCCCGUCACCGUCCGCGAGGCAGCCCGCCAACUCGCCACGCGCACCAUUAAAGAGCAGAUGCGCGGCUUCAAGGAAUGGGCCGUCAUGGGCGACUGGGACAACGCGUACAAGACCAUGGAACGGGGGUUUGAAAUCAGACAGCUUGAGGUGUUCAAGACCAUGUUCGAGAAGGGCUUGAUAUACAGGCAGAAUAAGCCGGUGCAUUGGAGUCCUAGCUCGAGGACGGCGCUGGCAGAGGCGGAGUUGGAGUAUGAUGAGGGACAUAAGAGCUUAGCUGCUUUUGUGCGAUUCCCUGUAAGUGUGGCGGAGGAACUGAGGAACGGCGCGCUGAAGGGUAUUGAUGGGGAGGUUAAUGUGGUGAUCUGGACUACGACACCAUGGACGCUGCCCGCGAAUAGUGCGAUUGCGGUGCACAACGACAUGGAGUAUUGCCUUGUCAGAGACUCGAAUGGCAGUGGAGAGAUGACCUUCGUGGCUGCUUCCCGGAUCGCGGAGUACCAAUCGGUCUUGGAGCGUGAGCUUUCCGUUGUACUGGCUGGGCUGCGAGGAUCCGAUCUCGCUGGGCAUUUGCAGUACGAGAACCCGUUCCAGAAAGCACGUGGAUUUCAGUCUGUCAUUCAUGCCGACUUUGUCACCGACUCGUCUGGUACUGGUCUGGUUCAUCUGGCUGCGGGUCACGGCAUGGAUGAUUAUCGUGUUUGCCAUGCUCUUGGCCUCCCGGCUUUCGCCCCGAUCGAUGAUGCUGGUGCCUUCACGAAGGACGCCUUCCCGGAGCAACCUGAGCUUCUCGAGGGCCUUUUAGUGGCUGAUGAGAAUAAGACAGCUAGCAAAGCCGUGUGCAACUAUCUUGAAAACCAAGGCCUUUUGCGUGGGAAGCAAGAGUACCGCCACAAGUACCCCAUCGACUGGAGAACCAAAGAGCCUGUCAUCACCAGAGCGACAGAGCAAUGGUUCGCCAACGUUGAGAGCAUCAAGGCUGCGUCGAUGAAUGCAAUUGAACAUGUUCAAUUCAUGCCAGAAACCGGUCGUUCACGAUUAGAGAGUUUCAUUCAGGGCCGAAGUCAAUGGUGUAUAUCCAGGCAGCGUGCUUGGGGUGUGCCUAUUCCAGCAUUGUACAAGGUCAACAGUGACCAGCUGGAAGCUGCCAUGGACUCGGAAACUAUUACGCAUGUCAUUGGCGUGAUCAAGGAGCGCGGUAUCAACGCUUGGUGGACGGACGCACAGGAUGACCCAGCAUGGAAGCCAGAGCAUCUCACUGGCACCUAUGUCCGAGGUAGAGAUACGAUGGACGUAUGGUUCGACAGUGGUACCAGCUGGACUCUACUCCCUCUCCAAGCAGAUCAGCCCGUUGCCGAUGUCUAUCUCGAAGGCACCGACCAACACCGCGGCUGGUUCCAGUCUUCGCUGCUAACCCACGUCGCUCUCCAGCCCUAUGAAAAGUCAGCUGUGAAGGCACCUUACAAAACCUUAAUCACGCAUGGCUUCACACUCGACUCUGAUGGCCGCAAGAUGAGCAAGUCACUCGGCAACGUCAUCUCCCCCAUGCAAAUCAUGUCCGGUGAGCUUCUCCCGCCCAUCAAGCGCAAGAAGCAGAAAGGCCAGGCCGCGCAGGCAAAUUCCACAGGACAAGCAUACGAUGCCAUGGGCUCUGAUGCUCUCCGCCUCUGGGCCGCGAGUAGCGAUUACAUGCGCGACGUAACCAUCGGGCAGCCCGUUCUCAUGUCCGUCAACCAAGCCCUGCACAAGUACCGCGUAACCUUCAAAUGGCUGCUCGGCAUCUUCUCCCUGCCAUCCUGCCCACCCACAUUCUCCUCCUUCGAGCACCUCUCACCCGAGAGCACACAUCUCGCCGACGUCCUCGCACUACACCGCCUCGGACAAGUCACACAUGACAUCCACGCGCACUACGCCCGCUACGAAUUCUUCAAAGGCGUCAACGCACUGAAUAAGUACAUCUCCAACGACUUGUCCGCGUUUUACUUCGAGACCGCGUCAAGGAUCGGAUAUACACGGGCGAUCUGCACGAUUGCCAGCGCAUCCCAACGCGUGCUCGGUCUCGUCUUCUACGAAUUGCUCAAGAUCCUGGCGCCCGUCACGCCGCUGCUCGUGGAGGAAGUUUGGGCCCAUGUCCCCGCGGGUCUGAGGGAUAAUUCUACGCAUCCUGCACGCGGGACUUGGACUCGCCCACCUCCAUCUCCAUCCGUCGACAAGCAAACAGAGACGGUGCUCACACACAUCACAUCCCUCAGCACCGCCAUAAAAACCGCCCAAGAAGCCCUCCGCGCCGACAAGAAAAUCGGAUCCGGCCUCGAGUCCAGUGUCACGCUGCUCCUGCCUUCCCAAACCGCCGCGCACAAGCUCGUGGAGCUGGUCAAGACGUGCACGCAAAACUCUUCGCUGGGUGUACAUGACGUGGAAGAGCAGCUUGCUUCGAUAUUCGUUGUUUCCGAAUUCGAAAUCCGGGGGAGUGAUGCCGAGAGAGCGUGGGCGUGGAGUGUCGAGCAAGACGUCGAUGCUGGGGUGGAGGGAUGGGAGGGUGCGAAGGUUGUCGUGCAUGCGCCUGGUGGGGAGAAGUGUCCGCGGUGUUGGCGCUUUGUGAGGGAGCCUGAGGAGGAGAUAUGUCAGCGCUUCUCCGGCGUGUUGAUCAAACCUCGGCCGAAGCCUUUUACGAACAACCCUCUCAAGAAUGAUUCCAGCCCGAGCCGUGCUCAAGAGCGCGAGAAAAGGAAGACUUGCGCUUUGCUAUACCAAGGAAACCCGCACGCAUCCGAAAAUGCAAGACAGAUACGAGCGCGCCAGAAGCGUAAAACAACUCUACAGCGCAUCUCAUUUCGCGAGCGAGAAAGGAACUUCGCGUCCGGUAAUCGCGAUAUUGAACAGACAAAGAAAAAAAACUUCGAGGAAUUCAAGUGA